AUGCCACAAAUUAACAGCACCACUGAAAUGGCGACCAGAGUGCAGCUCAAGGGUCCGAGCCCGACCCCAAGUCCAGAUUUUGAGAUUGCGACUUUAGAGGAGCAGAUGCCCAAACAAUUGGAAGUCAAAGCCCAGGGACUCGACGAAAAGGAAGACGAGAGAAAAAUACGCGAAAUACAACCACCGCCAACUCCCGACCCAAGCGUAACCGACCCAAGCAUACCAGCAGGAGAAUAUUAUUCGAAUGCUGCAGCUGAUUACUCGGAUGUCCCAGAACUACCAACUCCCGACAUACCGAAGCAGCAACGCAAGCACCGAAGAGGUGGGAGAAAACAGAGGCAGACGGAGCAACAAGCUGCCCAAGAUUUUCCAGACUCACAAGGUCCUGAGGACGAAGAGAACGAAGAGUUUGAAAGACAAGAGGGGCGAGGGAACAUUACGCUGCCGAAAUUGAAACGACGACCCACGAAUAUGCGACGCGAAACUGGCAUCAGAGCAUUUAACUUGAAAAGGGCAGAUUCUUCUGGUGGGAGACCCUUUGGAGUUUCGCUCCAAAAGGGCGACAACGAUCUGGAAGAGACAAAGCAGACCAAGUCUAAAUCGAAAACAAAAACUACGACAAAACCCAAAAAUAAAGCAAAGCGCAAGGUCAAAUGCGAAACGUGUGGGAGGAAGAGCAAAAGGGAAGAAGAGGAAAAUUGGGAAAGUCAGGAUUCAAGCGACGAAGAAAGUGAGGAGGAGAAGGAGGUGAAAAAGGAGCCCAAGGAGGAAGAGAAGCCCAAGGCGCAAAAGCCUAUGUCGAUUCGACUUGAUUUGAAUCUGGAGCUCGAGAUAUUUCUUCGAGCGAAAAUCAAGGGGGAUGUUACAGUCACGUUUCUAUAA